UCUGUCUCCUUCCAAGAACAAGUCUCAAUUUCUCUCUCUCUCUCUCUCAGAGUUUCAUAUUCAGUUUUUCUUCUUCAAUCUGUACCAACCUUUCGUCCAUAUUCAUCAAGAUCCAUCAAAUUUGGUCUUAACUAUCUAUUUUGCUGAAAUUUCAACGCCGCGUGCACGUGGUCAUUGCUGGCUGUGUAAUGCAAAAGAAGCUGGUUCGGGGCGUGAUGGUGUAUUAUUCUUGCUCACAUGUUUUAAGUGUGAAAUCAGCGAAAGAAUCUUAGUUAGUAUGGAAAUAUUGGAAUGAUGGCAUGUCAAAAUUGGCAGGCACUUUGGUCAGGGGCAACCGAAGAACAGAUUUGAACUGAGAUCCUGUUUUCUCUUAAGGGUUUAUUAGCAUGAUCUGCUGCCGUAUUGGAGAGUAUAAGCCAGCAUUGAUAUAGGGAGAGCGAUGUAUAUGGUACUAAAGAUUUCAUCUUUAGCUUUCAGAAUUGUCUAGACCUUGUUCAAUUCACAUUCAUCUUUAGAACAAGGUGAUUCCACUUCGGGGUCAAGGGCUGUAUUGAAAUCAAUGACCUAGUGAUUAUUUGGAGGGUUCCCUGAUAUUUAUAUCUAUUAUGUUUGAGAUCAUAGAAAAGUGAUGCAAGAUGUUCAAUAUUGAGAGAUUGUUAUUUGCUCUCUAGGCAAGAUUAUAAAUAUGAAGGAACCAGGAAUAAUUUGCUUUCUAGUUUUUUUUGUGUUGUGCUGAAUUGAAAUAAAGGGAUGGAUUUUGGUUAACCCUAUGGAUAUUUGUUGGCCUAAUAAGCCUGGAGGCAUCUGAAGUGCUUUUUAAAGUUCUGGCAGUUGAUUCAUUCUUUCAUCUUGUCCCCGCAUCUGGAGCUGCAGCAGUGCAAUGAGUGGGUGUAAUGAUGUCACCGUGGGAGAGUGUGCUGACUGGCAUUUGGUCCAUUAUCACAUGCCAUUUCUUAUGACUCUUAUAUGUUGGUGCUGAGUGGAUAAUACAUGACUUCUUUUGUCGAUCGAACUUAGGUUUGCUGAUCCUGGCAGUUGGCCUAUAGUUGAGAUCACAUACACACAAGUCACUGGUUUAGCUACACAGCUGUUUGCAAAGCAUUAGGCAGUUAUAAUCUUACUCAUUGUACUAAAUGCUUUGAAUACACUUGUUAACAAAAGCUUGGAAGUGCUGAUCCUGUAUUGUCCUAAGACAAGGCUUUUUGCCUCUAGAUUGAUAUAGUUUGUCAGGGUGGAGACUUGGUGCUUUAUAGUUGUCAUUGCCUAGAGGGAGGGAAGUGGUUUCUCUGGACAGGAAAGCUAAUUGCACAAAUGGUGAAACCUGUUUCUACAUUGCUGACAAGUUCCCAACUUCCCAUAGCAGCAGCUUGCUUUCAAAGACAGCUGCCAAACUUGGGAUUAUGGAGACUAUCCAAUUUUCCUGUUAGGAUUUCCCCCCCUAAAUUUACAAGCCUCUUUGUGUCUCUGAGAGAGAGUUUUAUGUACAUGUGUGUGAAGCUCUGUCUUAUUUGGAGUUGUCCAUUUGUAUUUUUAGGUUACUCGUAUUUCCCUUGAUUAGAAUCCAGCAUUUUCUGAAACUUGAUGCAGUCUGAAAAGGACUCUUCCUGGAAGGAAUACAUAAAAUAUUUGGUUAUGUUUACCUAAUUCUCUAAUUUGAUAUUUUUCAGAAAGUAGUUUGUAGAGUAUGAUUUGUAUCUAAGAGGUACUAUAUAUAAGCAUUCUGAUAUGAUAAAAAGUGUUGUUGGUAUCAUUAUGGAGAUUUUGUAAUGAAUAAAUCAUGGACUGGAUGUUACAGCAGUAGUAUCAUGUAUGGUGGUAAUUGUGUUUUCAAGUUGUUAGGCUACAAUUGUGACUAAUGGUAAUUCCUAACAUUUAUGCAAUUCUUAAUUUUCUUCAAAUAUGAAGCAAUAAUUGGUGACAAGUUGAAAAGAUGCACAAAUAAAAUUUUUAAUUGUAUUCACCCAAAGACAUAAAGGACACAAAGUUGAGAAUUAUUAAUAGUAAAAUAUUCUGAUGGUGUAUCUCUUGUAUACUUCCUGUGUACAUGAUUUGCACCCCUUUUGAGUCAUUCAAUGAAUUUUUUAUUUUUAGAGGCAAAUGAUUGGAAGAUUUAAAAAAAAAAAAAAUUUAUAUAUUUUAAACUUAUUUUCAUAAUUUUCUUGAUGUUCUAUUGCCCCAACUAGAAAGUUGUGGGGAAAAUAAAAAACUUAAACCAGAUUUGUAGCUAAAAAUUAAGGCAAUUGCAGUGUCAAAUUCUCUUUGGAGCACAACUUGUUUGGAAAUUUGAGUUGCUUGCCCGCAGUAGGUUUCAUCUGAUCUCAGCCUCAUCCUCCACCUUUUUGUAAGGAGAGGUGUUAGGUGUUAUGGUUUUUACUAACUGUGGAAAUGAAGCUGAAUGUAAACAUCUGGUUAAUAUGAUAUGUCAUAUGAGGGUGAUGAUGCCAGAUAAGCCCUGUUUGCUGGUUCGAGUAGAAGGGAGAAAGUUUUACAUAUGAUGCUAGUUUUCUGACAGAAGUACAACAGUGGCAAACUUCUCAAAAAAUGGCAUAUAAAUGAGUGCCUCUUCUCUAGUGCAGUUUCUAGCAGAUUCCGGUGCCAGGGCAUAAUUUGUUGUGACAUUUAAUGGGGCAUAGACAUUUGUUCAACGCAUCCCAAAUGUUCGAGAAUGAGCAUGAUCAGAACUGGAAUCAUAUGCAUACAGACCAACAUCUCAUGCAUCUUGCCCGGGCUGGCACUUCGGACAAUGGUUCCUUCUUUUAUCCUGCGGAAAAUAUGCCAGUAGAUGCAGUACAUUUUGCAUCUCACUGGGGUCCUGCACCAAGGUCAACUGGGUAUCCUUCUUCAAGUCACAACGUGGAUGUACCACCUUAUCAACCGGAUGCUUCUGGCCCAUCUCAUGAUCCUUUUAUGCAUGUUUCAACUGCUGGAACAUUCUCUACAGCUCCAGAUACUUACGCACAACAUGCGUCUUCCUCUAAUUAUGAGAGGCAAACUUUCCAUAGUGUUGAGGGCAGUUUUAUUGAUCUUACAAUGGGCAGUGGAAGGGUUCCUCACAAGCGAAAAAGUCCUGGAAUCCCUCCAGUCUGUGAGAGAGGCAGUUCAAGCAGAUACUACAAUGCUGGAAGUUCCUCUGAUCUUCCAAUAUCUUCAGAACUACGGAUGGAUAAACCAAGCAUAGAUUCUCAGCACAUGCCUUGGGAUCACAUUAACAUGGCUCCCAUUUAUAGAGGCAGUGGCCUUUCAAUUAGGGGUGAGGGUUCUUUGAGGAAUGUGAGAAGCCGGCCUGCACUUGAUUUGGAAUCAAACCUAGCUAGGACCCAUUUGUCAAACAAUCCUUCACACCCUUCAUAUUCUGCAAGCCACCCAGUUGACCAUUCUAGCAAUGUGGAUCUUUCAGUUCAGGGCUCCAGUGCUUUGACACGGGAUUGGGGUCAUAUUAGUGCGUCUCCUGUUCCUGGAAGGGUUCUAGUUUCAGACACAGGCAGCUUCAAUCACGACACAAAUCACUUCCUUGUAGGAAGCAGUGCUGGCAACUCUUCUGCUGACAUUGGGGGAUACCAUCAUGAUUUCGUUACAAGCAGGAAUCCGGUUCCUCAAAGUUUUCAUGCUAACUCAACGCAAUCUGUGAGGGGAGUUCGUAGUAGCUUUACUCAAAGGUCUAACCCAGCUUUCAGGGCUUCUACAAGCAGCUUACGUGUGGGACAUGUGGCGCCUUCAGAUGAAGGAAUGCAGUUGGCAGCCGAGAAUUACUCCUCUAGACAUCCAAGGCCAUUGUCCACCAUAGGGUGGCGUAAUGGUGACAGGAGCGGGAGGUCGAGGAUAUCUGCUGAAAGAUAUCGAUCUUUGCCUGAUGAGGCAGGUCUCCAUGAUCGAUUUACAUCUGAGGGUUUUAUGAUUGUGGAUCGCUCAGCCUUGUAUGGAUCCAGAAAUAUGUUAGACCAGCAUAGAGACAUGAGGCUAGAUAUAGACAACAUGAGCUAUGAGGAACUUCUUGCACUUGGGGAAAGGAUUGGGAGUGUGAGCACGGGUCUCUCUGAAGAUUUAAUAUCCAAGUGUGUGACAGAAACAAUUUAUUGUUCAUCAGAUCAAAUUCAAGAGGAAGUAACCUGUGUGAUCUGCCUGGAAGAAUACAAGGAUAUGGAUGAUGUCGGGGCACUGAAAACUUGCGGCCAUGACUAUCAUGUUAGCUGCAUCAAGAAAUGGUUGUCUAUGAAAAAUAUAUGUCCAGUCUGCAAGGGAUCUGCCGUCGCUGAUAACAUGAGCGACAAAUAAUUUAUGAUGCCUCUUGUUCACUACAUUCUCUCAUUCUUGUAUAUGUAUAUAUUAUAUGUAUGGAGAUUAUCCUCAAAACAGAGGAAACAAUUGCAUAGUUGUAAAGGGAAUGCUAGUUGAUGCCAAUCCAUUGUUUCUGGCUUCAUUUUUAAUUAUGUGAAGCCUUUAAAUGACCUUGUUGUUUUGUACGGUGUUCAUUCAAUGAAAAGUUAUAAUCCUCCUCUUGA